AUGAACUCGGGUUUCCUUCAACCUCGUGCUACCGGGAUGGAAGAUACGGCAUGCGCGCUCGCCGAACAGCGCGGCGAGGAAGACUGGUCAGGCAUAACCAACCAAAGGGUGCGGAAAAAGUUGCAGAACAGGCUUAACAAACGACUAUCAAGGCAGAGGAAGAGAUCACGUCGCUGCGCCGAGUCUGCGCGCGCCCUUGACCUCCCCGAAGCCGCAUCCCUCAAUACUGCUCACACCGCAGAUAUGGAACUAUGCGCGGUGACUUUGGAGGCCUCUUACUGGGGUGGCGAAGACCCGACAUUCAACUACUCUUCGCGAGACGACAUUACGGAGAAACGAGCCUUUCUUACCCGAUUCGCCGAGCAAGCGUUGCUUAGUUAUGCGAUGGGCAGCCCUCGUCCCGACCAUUAUAUGAGGCUUUUGCAGCUUAACAUUAUCAACGGCUUGACGAACAACGCCGCCGCGCUGGGGUUCAGCUUCGACUGGCUCAUCUGUGAAUCCGUCUCACCCUUCGGGCAUGACAGCCAGAACUCCAAGGCAGGUACCGUACAGGGACUGUCUGUGCCUCCUAGUCUUGCGCCUACGAACAUGCAGUUGGGGAUAAAGCACCACCCGUGGCUCGAUCUCUUUCCUCUACCUCGACUACGGGACAACCUUUUGGUUGCCGUUCUGAGCAUGACCGUCGAGGAGGAAGAGGAGCUCUUUAGCUAUAUCAUAGGAUCGGCCGGGGGGAAGGCAGAAUGGGCUGGACUCGUUGUCUGGGGUGAGCCGUGGGAUCCCCGGAACUGGGAGGUCACUCCUCCUUUCCUGCAUAGGUGGGGGUUUUUAUUGCGAGGAUGCUCGGAACUGAUGCAUUCUACGAACUACUGGAGGGGCCGGCGAGGCGAGAAGUCGAUGGGGAACCCCAAAUGUAACUGA